UGUAACGUCAUGUGUUUAUUACUUUCUCUCUGUAACGUCAUGUGUUUAGUUCUUUCUCUUUAUAAUGCCAUGUGCUUAGUCCCUUCUCUCUAUAACAUCAUGUGUUUAAUCCUUUCUCUCUGUAACGUCAUGUGCUUAGUUCUUUCUCUCUAUAACGUCCUGUGUUUAGUCUAUAACGUCAUGUGUUUAGUUUUU